AUGGUUGUGCUCCGAAAUCGUUCUUUGUCUACUACAGCUACAAGAUCAUCCACCCCACCCGCCCGAGCUCCAGGUCGCAAAAGUACCCGUGUCAACAUUUCCAAACAGGAUGGAAGUGAUGAUGAAAUGCUUGAGUGUAUUGUUGUACGCUCUUCGCUCCCUUCCCAGGUUAUAACAUCAAACUCGGUGAGAUUGAAACGCGCUGGAGUUCAUAAGCCUGUAAAGCCAAUUUCAGGUUCCAGGUUUGCGUUCUUGAACACCCCAGUUUCGAAAUCCUUCUCUCCACCUAUUCGACAGGCCUACACAGAUUCCGACGCCGAAGAGUCUGUCAUGGCUCUUGACGGUAGCUCAAGGAGAAAGGCAGCCAAAAGAAAAUAUAUAACACAGUCAACACCAGAUCAUAACCUUUCAGAACUUGAAACGCUAGAGAGUAGACCUCAGAUGCUCCCUGAGAGCCCUCCAUCUUCUGUAUUUGGUAGCUCAUCUAAGCAAUUAUCUGCACCUAGUGUCAGGCCUUGCAAGGCCCCAGAGAGUUGCAAGAGCCUUGCUUCACCUUUGUCUCUUCAGCACCGGCAAGUUCUUAACAGCAAUCACGUAGUAGAUGAAGUUUCGACCAGUCGAAGGCAUUUCACUCGGGAGCACUCCGCGCCUAUGAUUAGUCUGAGUAAUAGCACAAGGCCUGUCUCAUCAAACGCCAAUCAACAGUCGCGUAAGUGUAUGGGCCGGGUUCAACAACACCCUGAUCAUGUUGUAGUCCCAAAAGAUAGAUCACCAACUCAGGGUGCCUUUCGUGAGGACUCUAUCAGUAGUGGGACGAAUACCUCCCGUAGGCCCCUUUCUAAUACGGGUCAAGUCACAAUUCUCGGUAGCUCAAGGUUCUUAAGAGGGCGAAAGAAUGUGACUCAUCUAUCUCUUGAGGCUUCUGCCAAAAAGGCUCGAAGAUCCAAGAAAGCUGUUUUCCAGAAUAGUGGCUCAGAUGAGAUUUUGGAAUCCAUAAUAUUGAAACCACUUACAGCUUCGUUUCAUGAAGAAACGGGGUGCAAGCAGCAGGGCGCUGAUACCCAAACGCCUGCACCCUCAACCGCGAGCCUACAACCUGUAGACCGUGAGCAAGGAUAUCAGUUAUCAAAGCUUGAUAUCUUUACUUCUAUUCUACCAGCUACUGUGUUGUCAAAGUCUGGGCCAGAGCUUUCUCAUGAGCCCCAACUUUGCAGCGAAAAAGACGAAAGUGAUGCGUAUGUGGAAACACUUUUACUUAUGAGUGGUCUUUCACCAGAAGCAAUAUCCAGUGGAUGGCUAGGUAUUCUGCUGCCUAAGUCGGUGGAGGAUUAUAUACAGAUUGGUCAAUGCCGGAGUCUCUAA